UUUCCAUACAAGAAAAUGGAAGUUUCUUGUUUUGAGCGAAGAUUCUUCUCUACGAUUCUAGUCUCAAGUGUUUCUGGUUUCUAACCUUUAGCAAAAAGGAGGGAAAAGUGAAAGACAAUAACAUUAGAAUUUAAUAAAAAAAACUUCAAUGGCGCCUACGCUGGCAUUCGUUGUAUAACAAACUGUUUUUGAAACUAGAAGGGCUUUAGGGUUUUCCAAAUUAUAAAAAUUUAGGUUUUGUUGAUCUCCAAUCGUUUUCCCAGUUACCUCCACCAAUUUUACAGGGGAAGUUUUUUUGAGUGUUUGAUGGAUCGUUUACGCCCAAGACAGAGACCGCUCUUCACUGGAUUUACAAAAGCUGAGAUUGAAAAGAUGGAGAAGUUGUUCGUGGGAUCAAGAGAGCUACUGCAAAGUAAAGAGUUCUGUCAAAAAAUUGCAAGAAGUUUUAGUUCAUCCUCCGCUCGUGCUGGGAAGCCUAUUGUUAAAUGGACCGAGGUCCAAAACUGGUUUAUUGCUAGACAGCAAGAAAGCACAUUGAAAGUUCCGUCUGUGACAGAUGGAUCCAAAGCCGAGUCUGGAAUCCCUCAAACUUACCCUCUAAACGAUAGAGAUCAAUGUUAUCAGAUUCUUAAAGGUUUGAUUUCAAAAGUAGGAGAAAAGGUUCAGGAUCUAUCUGAACUAGAAUUUGAGGCGAAGUCGUCAAAAGAUGAAGCAUGGUAUGAUGUUGAUACAUUUCUCUCUCACCGGUAUAUCAGUCCCUGUGAAACUGAAGUUCUUGUUAGAUUUGCUGGAUUUGGAGCUGAAGAGGAUGAAUGGGUUAACGUAAAAAGGGCAGUACGAGAGCGAUCUAUCCCAUUUGAACAUUCCGAAUGUCAUAAGGUGAUAGUUAGAGAUCUUGUAUUAGCCUUGCAGGAGAGAAGAAACCAAUCAAUCUACUAUGAUGCUCAUAUCUUAGAGAUUGAAAGGAAAACACACGACAUAAGAGGUUGCAGGUGUCAGUUUUUGAUCCGAUACGAUCACGACGGCUAUGAGGAGAGGGUUCGUUUGAGAAGACUGUGCCGAAUACUAGGCCAACCAAUCAGAUAGUUCGCAUGAUUAUUGCUUCUUCGAUUACAGUGUUGCCCUUGUCCGGGUGGGUUGAUAUGAGUUGGUUUUCUGAACAAAAAUGGGAAUUGCAAUCUAACACUUUGUGUAAGUCAAAGUUGUUGUUCAUCCUAUUAAAUC